AUGCCGAAUCUAAAGGCGAAAGCGAAAACUCCCAAGCCACGCACCAAGACCUUCACUGGAUGUUGGACUUGUCGGGACCGACGAGUGAAGUGCGGCGAUGAACACCCCCAUUGUCGGCGCUGUCAGCGUAGCGGGCUCCAUUGUGGAGGCUACGGCCUGCGGCUUGGGUGGUCCCCAACCCCUGGCGGUCGCUCCCAUCGGCGGCAAGUAAAGCCUUUGACUCAUGAUGGGGGGAAUGGGAUGUCACCUGUCGCUGUGACAGCACUUUUAAAUGAACUGGAGAGCUGUGCGGGCGUCGGCCGUGGCCAGCAGCGAGGGCCUUUCUCGGUGUUCUCCGUCUCGGAUGUAUGCGAUGCUUCACAACCGCUGUCAUCCAUACAGAGAGAAACAGACCAGCCAAAACCAGACUUGCGUCUCGCUGCUUCAUUGGCUGCCGAGGAGAAUAACAUGCGUUCUUCGGGCGCGAAUUGGAAUUCCUCAAGCACAACAAUAUCUGUGACAUCCGAGGGAGAAAUACCAGACGCAACCACAGACCCAGUUGCCCAGGGCGGAGAUGAACCUCUCACUUCGAUUGAGACCUUGGUCAAUCAUCACAGAGUGAGUAGUCCGGUGUUGGAUUCAACUAUUCCGAAUAAGGCCCCAUCAAAGAUCAGUGCGAAUGAUUUCGCCCCCUUGCAGAAAUCGUUGAAUCCAUUGGCCCUACCAAGACCAGAAACAGAACUACUGCACCACUGGGUUGUUUUUCUCAGCGGCAAUAUGCUUCUCAUCGACAAACCAGACAAUCCGUGCAGAGCUGUGUUCAUGCCAAUGGCUUUGAAAGGUCUCGAUGCCUCCCCGGCGGAGUCAAAUAUCCACCUUUCCAUCUUCCAUGCUAUCUGCGCCUCCUCCGCAUUUAGUCUGUAUCAUAUUCGCCAUGACCAGCGAUAUCACUCUCUCGCUAUGCAUCAUGACCAGCUGGCUCUGCGUCAUUUGCGCAGGAAACUGCAACAGGCACAGCGUAUUGAUGAGACCACGUUAGCUGCGGUUCUCACUUGUAUUACAUCUGAAGCCAUGUCUGGACGACGCAGUCGGUGGCGAACACAUGUUGUCGGAUGUCUUGGUCUGUUGGAAAAUGAAUUUUAUGGGGAUUGGAUACGAACUCCUAUUGCUUCAAGGUUGCUUCAAAGCUAUCUGUCCCUUUCGUCCUUAUGCAGCCUUCCUGUGUCCGAGAGAUUGAUGUCUCUGCUCAAUGGCCCUUCGGAAUUCCGACACAAUCUCGAGCGCUCACAUGGGAUCACCACGCCACUGGUCCAAUUUAUCGCACAGAUCACGGCCCUUGCCGAAUCCAAGGUUCGACUCUCGCUUGAAGAGCUGGAUCAGAUUGAGAUGCAACUCUACCUGAACUUUCCAUCUCUAUCUAAUCCCAAUGCACCCGAAUCCAGGAUCAUCCAGCAUGCCUUGAACUCCUUUUAUUAUGCAACGAUUGUUUACUUCCGCCGCACCUUGCGACGUGCACCACUCUGCGAAGUUCAAGACUUGAUCGAGAAAGCGAUUGAAGACCUUGAAGCUGUUGACACACUCACGCGCGGUAAUGGUGGUUGUUCCUACAACUGGGGCAGCUUUGUCGUCGCAGCUGAUUGCGAGCGACCUGAUUUACAGGAUCGUAUGUUGGUCUAUUUUGAUGGCAAAAGUCGGCACGGUAUACAGAAUAUCAAUUCGCUAUGCGAGAUCAUUCAAGUAUUGUGGGAUCGACGGACAGCGGCUGGUCCGCACGUCGAUAUUCACUGGCAAGAGCUUGCAAAGGAGGCUGAUUACGAUAUUAUGCUUGUCUGA